UCUUUUCAUAGCUUUAGUUUUACAACAUAAGUCGACCAGCAAACAUGAAGAUCCUUACAGUUAUAGUGAUUUUACUAGUCUUAAAAUCCUUUAAAUGUAAUGUUACAAAUAGGGUAAAAGACUUUGAGACUACAACAAGGUUUUCAACUAAUGAGAAUAGUGCUCCUGUAGACAGGAAAGAAGUGACGGAAAGGACUCAUAAAGUUGUGAAAGAUAAUAAAGAAUAUGUUUAUUUAGAGAAUGUUUUGUUUGCGUUGAAACACCAGAACUGGACGGAGGAGGAGGAGCCAUGUCUGAAUCAGACGUUGCGCUUGAUUCACAGCCUUCAGAACUUCACGCUGUGGGCUGUUUGGGAUUGGGACUCCAUAGCAUCAGAGCCACUAGGACUUCUAUACGGAAACCGUUAUCAACUGGGGAACUUCGACGAAUGUCUCCAGCCGACCUGGGCGGAAUCGAAUCCGGAACUGAAGACCCAAUACUGCCUCUCUGAGAUUGUACUCGAGAGGACCGACCAUCCUGUUAGAAAGAGAAAUAAGAGUUUCGAGAAAAAUCCAGAACCAUAUGCAUCUGCGAUCGACCAUCUCAUGCACCAGGUCAGCCAUUCGCGGCCCAUAAACGAGUUGACAUGGGGAGUGUGUGUGCCAGCCGUCUGCUCCCCGCUCUCAGUGGAGAGAUUGCUGUCCACCAUGCUGUCCCGCAGCCAUCUCGCUGCUGCGGGCAUGAGGCCCAGGAUAUCCGUCAAUGAGAAGUGCCAAACGGCCGAGCCGAUGGAGUAUGACGGACUUUUUUAUGCUUUUAUGAUCAUGAGUGCAACCCUAACUGUUAUCUGCUUGGUGUGUACAUACAUCAAUUGUAGAAACCAAAAAUCUAAUCAAGAAACCAAUGCAAUAAUCAAGGCGUUCUGUGUGAAAGAAAAUGGUGAAAAUUUGUUAAAAGUCAACAAGGAGGGUGGAGCUGAAGUGUUGUAUGGCGUUCGCUUCUUGACCAUCUGCCUGAUAGUGUUGGAUCACCUGGUUGGCAUCCAGUACGGGGGACCAAUAAGCAAUGGACUCUAUGUAGACGGCGAAAUCAACUCUUUCAAAGCCAUGCUAUUGCUUCAUGACGACCUGUUCGUGGACACCUUCUUCUUCCUGUCGGGGUUCCUGCUGGCCACCGCAGUGGCCAAAAGCCUCCCGAAUCUCUUUAUCAUGUUUCUCAAAAGAUAUGUCAGAUUAAUAGUAGCAUUCGCGCUGGUAAUAUUUUACAUCUGCGCUGUAUUCCCGUACACUGGCUCUGGUCCUCUCUGGAACAGGGCCAUAGAAGCAGACACGGGCAAAUGCAAGAAGACGUGGUGGAUCAGUUUGCUGAUGCUCAACAACUAUAUCGACACUGAAAAUAUUUGCCUGAUCGUGUCCUGGUACAUCGCCAGUGACUUCCACUUCUUCAUUGUUACUCUGCUGAUCUACUGGAUCUACAAACACUACCCUAAAAUCGGCAUCACCUUGGGUGUAACACUGUUCACAGCAUCUAUGGCAGCGACCAGUGUCAUCAAUUACAUGAACAAUUUAUCACCAGUACAACUUUUUACAUACCAAUUCGUAACUGACAUCCGCGGCAACGAGCAGUUCAACUUGACGUACAUCAAGAGCCACACCCGCUACCCCCCGUACCUCAUAGGAUUCCUGUGUGGCUUCGCCUUCGUGCGGCUCAAGAACUCUGCUAAGAGAAUAUCUCAGCCGUGGUCCAUAGUGGGUUGCGUGUCGGGCCUGUUGGUGAUGUUCUGCGUGAUGGCGGACGGCGUGUCGUUCCUGUGGCGCGCGUACGCGCCGGCCGAAGGCGCGCUGUACGCCGCCUUCAACCGGCCCGUGUGGACAUGCGGCCUGGCGCUCGUGUUCUUCUGUCUCGCCUUCGGAACAGUUCCACUAGUGGAAGGCUUUCUCUCGUGGUACCCGUGGGUCCCGCUCAGCCGGCUGGCGUACGGUCUCUACCUCACACAUACUCUCUUCAUAACGAGACACAUCUACACCACUCGCAACUCUGUGUACCAUGAUGACCUGAAUGUGGUGACGGUGGGUACCGGCGUCAUCUUUUGGGGCUGUGCGAGCGCACUGGCGCUGUGGCUGCUGGCCGAGGCGCCCGCCAACAACCUCUUGCGGUUCUUCUUUGCUAAAUUGAAGGAAACUCCUAAAAGAGAAGAAAAUGAAAAUGGCACACAAAAUACUAGUGCUACCACAAUAUCAAACAGCUCGGGAAAUCUUCGGGACAACCUGCCAACCGUCGUAUGUUUUUCAAAGAUGUGAAGUUGGAAUCUGUUUAUCAUAUUUGAAAUAAAUUAUUUUCUAGUGAUUAUAUAUGUGACUUUAGCACAUCGAAAGAUUACUUUGCUGAAAUUAUUUAUAAAUAAUAUAUUAGUACUCAAUACUAAUUAAUAUACCUACUUAUAAGUUUAAACAUAUUUUUAGAACAAAUGAAAAAUACAAAAAAUGCUUUAAAUACUAA